GGCUGAAUGAGAGCGUUGUUUUUCUUUUCUUUUUGUUUUGUACAAAUGCUGUUCUUUUCUUGGAAAACUGAGCUGCAGCCCUGCCCAACUUUUUAAACAGCAGUUGUCUGACUCACCUAAAAGGCGCGCCUGAGUACUCCUUAAACACAGGUGGCUAUUUAUGACAGUUUGUGGGAAAGGAUUUUCCUGAACAGCGGAUCUUCAGCGUGUCCUGGAUGGCACUGAAAAAUAUUAAAAUAGUUUUUUUUGUUUUAGGGAUGGUAGUAAUCUUUUUUGUUCUUAUUCUUUCCCAGGGAACUUAUCAAAGCGGAAGUAAAUGGAAAGUCUUCUCAGAAAAAAUACCAUCCAGAGGUGAAGACCGAUUGUCUGAUGGAUUAUUACACAGGAAGGAAAACUUGAGUCGGUUACCUGGUUUUCCCUCACAGACUGGAAACACGGAUACAACCAACAAUUACUCAGUGAGAAACGUGAAAACUCAGAGAACAACCUCUGAGACUCCUAUUCCCAUCAUAAAUGCGAGUUCCUUUGACAAGCUUCCUCAGUGGAGCUUUGAGGAUAUAUAUAAUCUGGAUGCUCCACCAAGACCAACAACAUGUGUCCAGUCUCUGCGUAACUCUAAGGAUGAGACCUUCCAGAGAGCUUUCCUUCCCAACGUGCGCAUGUUUCUGCACAAAGAUAACUUCAACAUAAGAGAGUGGAACCGCCUUUCACACUUCCACAAUCCUUUUGGUUAUAUGGAAAUGAAAUAUGAUGACAUCAUGCCUGUGGUGAAGUUGAUCCCAAAGCCGAAAGAGCCGCUGCUCCUUCCAAAACCAGGCGGGGAUGGAUGUGUGCGCUGUGCUGUGGUGGGAACAGGAGGCAUCCUGAAUGGCUCAAAAACUGGCGCUGAGAUUGAUGCUCAUGACUACGUGUUUCGGGUGAAUGGUGCGGUGAUUGACGGCUAUGAGGAAGACGUGGGGAAAAGAACAUCCGUUUAUGUUCACACUGCCCAUUCAAUUACGGCGUCUCCUAGAAUAUUCGAGCAAUACGGAUACAAAUCUGCCCCACAUGAUGAGGGAAUUAAGUAUGUCAUGAUUCCUGAGGGUUUAAGGGAUUUUCAGUGGCUCAAGGCUCUUCUCAAAGGAGAAAAAGUUUCCUCUGGUGAAUUUCAGGAGGAAGAACCCAGACGUUAUUAUUCAGGACAGUUCAGUGAGAACCGCUUCUAUGUGCUGCACCAGGAUUUCCUGCGAUAUGUUCGAAACAGGUUUUUAAAUUCAAGUACUCUUAACGGAGAGUUUUGGGCACUUUUCCGACCAACCAAUGGGGCGUUCACUCUAUUUGUGGCUCUGCACACCUGCGACACAGUGAGUGCAUAUGGAUUCAUGACAGAAGACUACUAUAAAUACUCCAACUACUAUGUUGAAAAGCUUCAGAAGAGCGAAGUCAUUUUCUACAUUAACCAUGACCUGAUUCUGGAGAAGGAUCUGUGGAAGAGCUUUGAUGGCAAAAAAAUACUAAAGCUGUAUCAGAGAACUGGAUCACAAGAAGCUGAAAAGCAAAAGGAUUCCUGAUUCAUUGAAGUUACGGCAUCAAAAGUGAAAGGAGGCUUGUUUUCCAUCUGCAGAAAAUAUAAUGUAUGCUGUUGUUUUUUUUUUUUUUAUAAUUAUACUUUAACUUGAAGGAUAUUCUUAUGUCAAAAUUAACUUGAAUCAAAUAUAUGUAUUGUCAUUAUUUUAUCAUUAUGAAAUUUGGAUGAGACAAUAGCUCAGAAUUUACAGAUUCACUAAUUACACAAUAAUGUGAAAUGCUAGCAAAAGCUUUCUUUAAUGAAGUUUUCUUUCAUGACGUGAAACGCGUGAAAUCAAUGUGAAUUAUACAUUUUUAUAUUUUCCUAGUUCUUUUACUCUUUUAUUUUCCAAACACAUUUGAAAUAGACAAAACUAAUAAACUAAUAUAUGGCUCCAUGUUUUUCUGGGUUACAACUAAAUUCAUUUUUCAGCAACAUUUAGUUAUUUUGUUAGUUUCUUUAUGUCACAUAUCCGUAAAUAAGCAUGAAAACAAGAAGAUUGGUUUGCAGCCUAAUAUUUAAACCCUUUAUGUUAUCAUGUAAAUUAGGCACCAUCCCAAAUAACUCAUAUUGUGACUCCCAGAGACAAUUUUGGUGUUUGCAUGUUUUUGAUAAUUUGUGUCAAACCUUUGUUGGGGAGGCAACAUUGCGAUAAUUCAUAUCUUUAUCCACAACUCAGCCCUCAAUACACAAUCAGGAGGUUGAUGCUUGCCUAAGGCAUUGAGAUUCAGAUACUAUCGUCACUGAACUUCUGUGCGGUAAUGCUUAGAAUAAAUGCAAAUAAGUAAAUUAUGUUGAAAUUUACAAAAAAAGUAUAGCAAUAUAUGCAGCAGGAACAUUUUCUGAGAGGUUUUUAGCACCUGAACUAAAUUCUGUCUGUCUUGUGCUGCAUGGCUUGCAUGUCACACAGUCGCAUGGAGUCCAUUACCAGUCACACAGCACAACCUUGAGGUUAAACCGAGUAAGAGCUGCUUCCUCUUUGCCACCAAUAUGGCUGUUCUCUCAGUACAUGUGGGUCAAGGCGAGGCAGUUUUAAAACACACUAUUCCACCCAGUGUAAAUGAGAUUCAAACAGACUUUAGACAAUAUCUGCCUGAGACUAACACUAAGGAAGAGAUGGAGACAGCAGCAGUCCAGAGGUAAUUGCUGUCACACUUCCACCACUGUGAGGAGUUACUUUUCCAACAAGCUCACAU